AUGAAGACAGCCAACUACACAGAGGUGAGACAGUUUGUUUUCCAAGGUUUCUCCACCUUCCAAGAACAUCAGCUCACACUUUUUGUGGUGUUUCUUACCCUGUACAUCCUAACUCUGACUGGCAAUGUCAUCAUUGUGACUAUUAUCUGUAUUGACUAUCACCUCCACACUCCCAUGUAUUUCUUUCUAAGUGUCCUCUCCACAUCAGAGACUUUCUACUCCCUGGUCAUUAUCCCACGCAUGCUUUCCAGCCUGGUAGGCUUGAGCCAGUCUAUCUCCUUGGAGGGCUGUGGGACUCAGCUCUUUUUCUUCCUUGGUUUUGCCAUCACCAACUGCCUCCUGCUAGCAGUAAUGGGGUAUGAUCGCUAUGUGGCCAUCUGCAACCCACUUCAUUACUCAAUCAUCAUGAAUUGGAGGGUCUGUGCCAUGCUGGCUUCCUCAGUCUGUGCCACAGGGUUCUCACUCUCACUACUUCAGGCUGUGGUCAUUUUCAGACUGCCCUUUUGCAACACACUGAUUGAGCAUUUCUUCUGUGAUGUUCGACCGCUGUUGGACCUGGCCUGUGCUACCCCAAUCAUCAAUGACAUGCUGACCUUAAUUAUCAGCCUCUUGGCCAUCACAGCCCCUGCCACCUUCCUCUUCAUCUCCUAUGUCCUCAUUAGUUCUACCAUUCUCAAGAUUGCCUCAGCUGAAGGCCGGAAGAAGACCUUUGCCACAUGUAUCUCCCAUCUCACUGUGGUCAUUGUCCACUAUGGCUGUGCCUCCAUUGCCUACUUCAAACCCAAAUCAGAGAACACCAAAGAUCAGGAUCAGUUAAUCUCAGUGACCUACACAGUCAUAACACCUUUACUGAACCCUGUUGUGUACAGUCUGAGAAACAAGGAAGUCCAGGAUGCUUUGCGGAGAGUGGUGGGUAGGAAAUCCUUUUCCUAA